UUAUGUAUGAACUGCUGUAACACUACGUUACGGGAUGUCGGACGAAACUAGACACGUCGUAAAACAAAGCAACGUUUGUUUACAUAGAAAAUAUACAGUCAGAUAAGAGCACAGUACGAGUUGACAGAGACCUUCCUCCAUAAAACCAGAAAACGUCACCUCCUAUCCUCCCCGCUACGGGCAUUCCAACCAAAAUUCCAGCUAUUAUUUUUCCUGGUAGAGGCGCCCUAAUAUUCACAAUUCCUCUUAACAAUACAAUUUUGAGGAUUGUUGAAACGAGUUGAUUAUUACAAGCGAUUCUUGUCGGAUGCAAGUUUUUCGAAUGCGAAUUAAUUUUGAGAUAAUGAGUGGUGCAAGUUUUCGAGGUGAAUUUUUUAGAGGGUAUGUGUCGUUUUCUAACGACACUGAUUUUAUGGAUUUUAAUCAGUAUCUGGCUAAAAAUCUGGCAGAUAAAAAACUUCGUACAAAACAACAAUUAAAGAUGACAGGAUUUUCUAAUGAAGGCUUACGUCAUCGCUAUUUAUUUAAAAAAUUUGUUGAAUUGGAAAAAUAUUCAUUAGUAAAAAACAUAAUAUACGAAGAAUAUGAACCUGUAUUUGAUGCAUCUCAAACUGAUAACAUUGAAUCAGAGUCUAAUCAUCGAUAUUUAUUUAGAAAAUUUGUUGAAUUGGAAAUGUAUUCAUUAGUGAAAAACGUUAUAUACGAAGAAUAUGAACCUGUAAACAAUGCAUCUCAAUCUGAUAACAUUGAAUCAGAGUCUAAUUCAAGCAAUUGUGAACAAUUUGAUGCAGAAAUCGAUAAUAAUGAUCAAUAUGGUAUAUUUAUGUACAAGAAAAGAAACAGUACAGUAAAGUUGAACAAUAAAAUUAAACCACAAAAAAUGGUGGAGAAUAAAUGGAUGCCAGAUGCAAAGAAACAAUACAGGAAAGUUGGGAAGAAUAGCAAGCAGAUGGAAAGAAACAAUACAGGAAAGUUUAACAAUAAAAUUAAACCACAAAAAAACGUGGAGAAUAAAUGGAUUUUGCCAGAUGAAAAAUCUAUAUUAACAUCUGAAAAAGAGGAACAGACAAAAUGCUGGGACCUCUUUCGAUACUACUUCCGCAGACUUUCGGCGUUUUUCUGUUGCCUGAAGUCAAAAAACUAAUAUUAUUGACAACGGAA